CUUCUCAAACCUUAAUGUGAAGCCAGAUCACUUGAGGAGAUAGCAGAAAAACAAAUCCUGAACCAGUCGGUCUGGGGUGGGGCUGAGUCUGCGUUUCUAACGAGCUCCCAGGUGAUGCUGAUGCUGCUGGACCCAGAGCCACUUUGAGCCACAAGGGCCUAGCCAACUGGAUUGGCUGCGGGAAGGGAGGCCACCGGGAGCCCAGGUGUGAGUAGCCAUCAUCCGGGGUAUAAGAUGGCAGGGCUGGUGCCGCCCCGGAGUUACCAGUGGGAGUGGCUUCAUCGGCAUCAUGGGGUCGCACUCUGGGCUCCUCAUCUGUUUUCUGCUCUGGGGAAGCACGGAGCUCUGCAACCCCCAGCCUGUCUGGCAGGAUGAAGCCCAGCAGUUCGUGCCAUCGAUGCCGCCUUCCGUGAUGGUGGAGUGUCUGGAGGCCCAGCUGGUGGUCACUGUCAACAAGGACCUUUUCGGCACCGGGAAGCUCAUCAGGCCUGCAGACCUCACCCUGGGCCCUGACAGCUGUGAGCCGCUGGUCUCUGCGGACACAGAUACUGCGGUCAGGUUUGAGGUCGGGCUGCAUGAGUGUGGCAAUGGCAUGCAGGUGACCGAGGAUGCCCUGGUGUACAGCACCUUUCUGCUCCACAACCCCCGCCCUGCGGAAAACCUGACCAUCCUGAGGACUAACCACGCCGAGGUUCCCAUCGAGUGCCGCUACCCCAGGCAGGGCAACGUGAGCAGCUGGGCCAUCCUGCCCACCUGGGUGCCCUUCAGGACCACGGUGUUCUCAGAGGAGAAGCUGGUUUUCUCUCUGCGCCUGAUGGAGGAGGACUGGAGCGCCGACAAGAUGACACCCACCUUCCAGCUGGGAGACAGAGCCCACCUCCAGGCCCAAGUCCACACUGGCAGCCACGUGCCACUGCGACUGUUCGUGGACCACUGUGUGGCCACGCCGACGCCGGACUGGAACACCUCUCCUUCUCACACCGUCGUGGAUUUUCACGGUUGUCUCGUGGAUGGUCUCACCGAUGCCUCGUCUGCUUUCAAAGCACCCAGACCUGGGCCAGAGACACUCCAGUUCACGGUGGACGUGUUCCAUUUUGCUGAUGACUCCAGAAACACGAUAUAUAUCACCUGCCAUCUGAAGGUCACUCCAGCUGACCGAAUCCCGGACCAACUGAACAAAGCCUGUUCCUUCAGCAAGUCCUCCAAUAGAUGGUCCCCGGUAGAAGGCCCUGCUGAUAUCUGUCAAUGCUGUAACGAAGGGCGCUGUGGCAUUCCAGGCCGUUCCAGGAGGCUGUCCCGCCUGGAGGGACAGUCUGUUUCCCGCAGUCGCAGGCACGUGACAGAAGAAGCAGAUGUCACAGUGGGGCCACUGAUUUUCCUGGGAAAGACGAGUGACUACGGCAUGGGAGGGUCGACCUCCUCUCCCACCUCUGUGACGCUGGGUGUGGGCCUGGCCGCUGUGCUGUCCCUGACCUUGGCUACCAUUGUCCUGGCUGUCACCAGGCGGCGUCGGGCCGCUUCCCACUCUGUGAUAUGCCCUGUGUCUGCUUCACAAUAAAAGAAGAAAGUGA